GUGCGGGGCGAGAGUCUUCGGCCGGUUUCCCAUGGUUAGAGGAUGUAGAUAGUGCGUGGCUCAAUUUGCUUGUAAUAUACGGCCUUUGUGUUUCGAGUGUGUAUAAUAUAAUACGAACAGCUGGUCGCGCAGAACGGGCGACAUAUUUUGUGGUGAUUUUCGUCGUCAGAUUUUGACAAAAAGCUGCAGCAAGGAGUCUGCCACCAUGGCGACGUCGCUGGCCCGCCAGCUCGAGCGGCUGGCGGCGCCCCAGAGUGCCCUGGUGGUGCACAAGAAAUCACGACCCUCGCUGUUGUUCGACAAACGAGAGGCGGCGCUAUUGGACAGGGACACAGUCUUCUCCAUAGGUCUGGAUGGAUUUGAAGACCUUCUGAACCUGAACCCAGCAUUUGUUAAGUACCAGGAGACUCUGUUCUCGGAGAAUGCCAAGACAAUGGAGCGUGCUGUGCAGACAAAAGAAGUCAACGACCAGCUGGACGAAGUGCUGGAAGAGUUCCUCUGCCUGGCAUGUCCCUAUUUUCUGUUGAAACCAACACAGAAAGCCCUGGAGUGGCUUGUAUACAGGUUCCACAUUCACGAGUUCAACGUGAAUGCCCUACUCCGAUGCAUCUUCCCGUACCACGAUACCAACAUCUUCGUACGGGCGUUGCAACUACUGCGGCUUAAGGAGGAGACCAACAGGUGGCACUGGUUGCACCCGCUGCAGAACCCAGGGGUGCCACUGACGAAGGCGGCGCUAGCGGUCCAAUGCGCGGAGAACCUCGGCUUCAUGAAGUUCCUGUGCCUGAUGAAUAAGAAAAUGAUGAAGGUGCACGGCGCCGGCUCGACGGCGCUGCAUGCACCCGUUGCGUUCUUCGUGACGGCGCUGUCUGCCGGCCUGGAGCGGUGCGAUCUGUCGGAGCCGCUGGCGGGCGAGCGUGUGACGGCGCUGGCUGUGCUGGCGCAGAGCCAGACGCUGGCGCUGGCGCCGGCGGCCGCCCUGGAGCCGCUGAGCCCGAGUCUGCCGGCGCUGACGGCCGCCCUCGCCGACCUCAGCCAACGCUGCUCCGUCCUGCAAUUGCUCAGCUGCCUCCUGCGGACGUGUGUGCUGGAGUCGGCCAAGGGAGACGCCACCGCGGGUACCAUGGCAACGGCGUUGAUCAGUGACGUCAGAGUGGAGGACCCGCGAGAGCAGGAACGCAUCAUUCGGUCACUGACCGAGCUGUUCACGGCCGGUGAGGCGGAGGCUAAGCCGCUGCUGGCCGCCCUCUGCCCGCUGCUGGCCGUCACGGAGCGCAUGUACCCGGCGCCGUUCGACGCCGCGCUGGUGGGCUGCGGCGUGUUUGUGGAUCUGAACCACCCGGAGGAGAGCACCCGGCACGAGGCCGUGGCGGACAGCGAACUGGUACGCUCGGCCCUGCUCUCGGCCCUCGCAGACGAGUCGGACCGCAUCGUCAAGCUGGCGCUCAAGGUGCCCGUGGAGAAGAGUCUCGAGCUGGUGUCGUGGGAGGAGCUGUCCGGCCGGCUGACCACGUGCCUGGACGCCGGGCACGGCGAUCAGGUGCGCUGGCUGUGCGCGCGCGCUCUGGCGCGCCUGGAGACGGCCCUGAAGGUGUCGGGCGCCCUCUCCGCCGAGCUGACGCCGCUGGACCUGGUGCGGGACGCGGAGCACGCGUCACCGGCCGCCGCGCUGCUCUGCGUGCUGGUGGCUGUCGUCGACGCGGCAGCCGAGACAGACGUCUCCGACAUCCAGUGGUGGUCGGCGGCGGCGGCCGACUCGGAGCGGCUGGCAGCUCUGGUCGCCUUCGCCCUCUAG